GUCCGGGUCCGUGGGAAUGCUUGUGAGGUAGUUGGGCCUUCGUUCUCGACUUGUGAGAUGGGGCGAGUUUGACCCCUUGAUGACCUGGUGAAGCCUCCUGCUGGUGACCAAGAUCUGCCAAGGAUAAUGACGACAAUACCUGGGCAAUGCUGAAACAACAGCAACUUAGCAAGUUUUUCUCAAGAUCUUUGAAGUCCUACCAACCUCUUAAUCAAGCAACUUCUGAGGUGCGUUAAGAAUGGCCCAGACAGACCAGGACGAUGCACAGUGGCUGCACGAUGUCCUGCUGGAAGUCCAGCUGGAAAAGUUCUUCACCAGAAUCAAGGAUGAACUGCAGGUCACGCGCAUGUCGCACUUCGACUACGUGCGUCCGGAGGACCUGGAGAAGAUCGGGCUGGGCAAGCCGGCGGCGCGCCGGCUGUUGGAGGCGGUCCGCCGGCGCCGCCAGCAGCUGUGGCGCCGCAACCUCAUCAGCAAGCUGAUUCCGCUGCGGCCGCGGCCGUCGGCGGCGCCCGACGCCGGCCAGACGGCGCGCCCGGCCGUGCGCUCGCCGCCCACCGUGCGGCUCACAUGCCUGAUACAGGAGAAGGACCUGACCCUGCACGAGCGGCUGGGCGACGGCUCGUUCGGUGUGGUGCGCCGCGGCUCGUGGAGCGACCACGCCGGACGCUCGCUCUCGGUCGCCGUCAAGGUGCUCAAGCAGGAGUCGCUCAACCAGCCGGGCGUGUUCGAGGACUUUGUCAAGGAGGUGGAGGCCAUGCACCAGCUGAGCCAUCAUAAUCUCAUCACCCUGUACGGCAUCGUGUUGGGUCAGCCGAUGAUGAUGGUGACCGAGCUCGCCCCACUCGGGAAUCUGCAAGACUACCUCAGGAAGCAGAUCUGCAGGAUAUCGCUCCUUGUGCUGUCGGACUACGCCCGCCAGGUAGCCGCCGGCAUGGCGUACCUGGAGUCGCGCCGCUUCGUGCACCGGGACCUGGCGUGUCGCAACGUGCUGUUGGCCGCCGCUGACCGGCUGAAGAUCGGCGACUUCGGGCUGAUGCGGGCCAUCCCACUGCAGGAGGACUGCUACGUGAUGACGGAGCAGAAGAAGGUGCCGUUCCCCUGGUGCGCCCCGGAGAGUCUGAAGACGCGGCAGUUCAGUCACGCUUCCGACGUGUGGAUGUUCGGCGUAACGCUGUGGGAGAUGAUGACGUUCGGAGAAGAGCCAUGGGUCGGCCUGAACGGCGCGCAGAUACUGCAGAAGAUCGACUCGGAGGGUGUGAGACUACGGCAGCCGGAUGCCUGCUCGGACCAGCUCUAUCAGCUCAUGCUGCAGUGCUGGUCACACAGGCCGGCGGACCGUCCCAACUUCGCCGCCCUCUCCGACUUCCUGCUGGAGACGCGGCCGGUGGCCAUGCGGGCCACGCGCGACUUCUCGGAGGACGGCAAGCUGCAGGUGCAGGCCGGUGACCAGAUCAUCAUCAUCGACGGAAAGGCGGAAAACUUCUGGUGGAAGGCGCAGUCGGAGGCGAGCUGGGAGAUCGGCUUCCUGCCGCGACAGGCGGUGGAGCCGCUUCGACGCCGCAACCAGGAGGACAUCAGCCAGCCACUCCACAACUCAUUCAUACACACAGGCCACGGCUCGCCGAUGGGACAGACCUGGGGCAGCCCGGCCUUCAUCGACGAGGUGUACCUGAAGAACCCGCUGGAGCCGCCCGACCUGCGAGACGAGCGCGUGUCGCGCGCCAGACUGGUGCGCCCCUCCGAGUCCAGCCUGGCCAAGAGCAAGCGCCAGCACAAGCAGUACAACUACAGCCAGUUCAGCGACGACUGGUCGCCGGAGGAGUGGCAGCACGAGCGAGUCAGCCCGACGCCGUCCACAGGCGGCUCCGGCGACUCCGGCGGCGCGGCGCCGGCCUGGCGCAGCGAAACGGAGUUGUGCUACACCGACGGCAGCGGAUCGCCGGUGGCGACUGACGUCGACGCCGAGGAGCGCUCGCAGAGCGUCACCGACCUGCUGGACGAGCACAUUGAGCGGCUGGGGCUAGGCGAGGCGGCGCGCUGCGAGAGCAGGCCGCUAAGCGCCGGAUCGGCAGACUACGACCCGUUCGACACGUCCAACGUGGUGCUGCCGCCGCCGCGCGCCGAGGAGAUCGUGCCCGACGCGGGCGAUGGCGCCAGCGACGACGCGAGCUGGACGCUGCGUCCGCCGGACGGCGCCGACGACCAGCGCCUGGAGUCGGCGGUCCGCCAGUCGGAGCUGGUCAGCCGUAACCUGCAGCUGAUCGCGCGCGCGCAAUGGCGUCACCGACGUGCCACUGACGGCGCCUUCCCGCCCAACAGGCAGUUCGAAGACGACUUCUCGCCGCUGGCGGCGAGCUCCUCGCCCGCCUACCCGGCCGUGCUGGCCGACUUUGACCCGCUGCUGAGCCGACAGACCGCCCCGGCCGCCGCCCGUACCGCUCAGGUGCGGCCGUUCCAGCUGAGCAGGAGCCGCUCCCAGUCCAACCGACAGCUGGGAUCGCCGACGCGCUCGGUCAGCGCCGCCGCCGCCGCCGUCCGCUCGCCGCCCGCCGGCGGGCCGCACGGGAAGGUGGACGUGCCGCUGGCGGUGCGCGAGGUGCUGCAGCAGCUGCCCGGCAUCCCGGUCUCCGAGGUCCGCUCGGCGCUGCACACCUGCGCCGGUAACACCCAGGGUGCUAUCAAGUUUCUGAAGGUGGACCGGCUGUACCGGCUCGGCCUGGCCACCAAGCCGCAGUGCGAGGCCAUGCUCUGCUCGUUCAACUGGGACGUGGAGCUGGCCGCCAGCCGCAUGCUGGACACCAUGUGAGGCGGCGGCGGCCAGCGACGGCUGCUGGGCCGCCGUCGGCCGCAGGCGCGCCGGACACACUCGGCGCCGGUGCUCGCUGCGGACGCGCGCGCAGGGGGCAGCACCGUCACGCCUGCGCCGCUCGGGACCAGGGUGUGUUCCUGCCCGUGCGCCGCUAUCGCCGGCGACGGCCGCGGGCGCUGGCCUCCGCUCGUGGGCAUUGUGACAUAUGUAGUAGGCUUAUUUGGUCAGGAAGCAUGACAAUAGCGGACCAUGCGCGCCGUGUGUGAGUUUGGGUUUGUUGUCGCGGGAGAACGACGCCCCCUCGUGUAUGCACGAGUCGCGCACGUGUCAAAGCGUUAGAUGAAACUGCACGACGUAGCAAGGAAGGCGACUCGCGCCGCUUAGCUAGCGUCAAGCCAACGGUCUACUUAACCAGCGCGCUUUCGCUGGCAGCGUAGCGCGACCCCGGUGCGUCGCUCGAGAUGUCUUGCACGCCAGUCGCCUGCUUCUUGCACGCCUGGUGGUGGUUUCAUCGGAUGUUGCCCGCGCGCGGCACACAGCGCGCGCUUCUCCGAACCGGGAAGGGAUCUGAUCGUCACAAACAAUCUCUCGCCGAUAUUGACCCCGCGUCAUGUGAGAUUCCGUACCGGCGCGCCGUUCCGUGUUAGAUGUGUUCAGGCGCCGCUCCCUGCGCCGACACUCCUCCCAUUCCAGACGCACACUUGGCGGCAUUCGCAGGGCAUUGGUGUUGGGCUGGCCGCCACGCGCGCCGGUUUGGGGGCCUGCUCGCUGGAUGGACGAGAUGCGGUACCCAGCCAUGCACUGCCGAACAUCCGUGCCCCGCUGGUAAUGGUGUUCUCCGCGCCGUUGCGACGGUCCUGCUCGGCCCCUGCCGCUGUUGGUCCCGCUCGGCCCCUGCCGCUGUCGGUCGUGCUCGGCCCCUGCCGCUGUCGGUCCGGUCUGGGCUCCGACCCUGGUGCGGGCGUCUCGGGUGCCCGGGCAUGUCUCUGACCUCGAUAGGCGUCCGUUGGGGCGCACCAAGUCCGCUCCCUCCCACGCCUCGCUGUUCAGUCUUGUUACCCAUCGACGAGCGCCGGUUCACCCCUGCCGUACCCGCCACCCGGCGGGCCGGUCCUUCGCCCGGCCAGCACCGCACAAUAAGAGGAUAGUCUGGGUUCACCACCGUGGGCAUCGACUGACGAUGUGAUUCCCGUCUGUGUGUAGAUCUUUCCAGAUGCAAGGCUCUGUGCUUCCGUGGUGGCUGCUGGAACUCUCGCCUGGCGUUCAGGUGCAUUGUAGCAUCUCUCGCUCGGUGCGUCAGGUGCAUCGUAGCGUCUCUCGCUCGGCGCGCCGUUACCAGCGUGCUGUUGUGGCGAUUAUGGUGAUUUUGGACUCAUUUAUCAGAGAUUGUAGAGGAAGGGUCAAGCCCGUUUGACGAUAUCAUCCAGGAUGUUUGUUAAUGACGCGUGUCCUUUGUAAGCUCGCGCAGGUGCAGAUAACAGAUCUGAAUGCCUGUGGCUUCUGUUACGCAAUGCUGCUGUUGGAGACAAUAUAUGUUACAUGAUUAU